GCGCUCAGUUUAUCGUACGGCCGCUACCCGACUUGUGACGCGCUGUCUAUAUAAGUUUUUUGUAUCCCAGCGGUACGCAAGUCAAUUUCGUGAGUGUCUUCUUGGGGUGACCCGUACACAUACAUUUUUUUUUCAUUAUACAUUUUCGUUUUGUAAUCAUUAGUUUAUAUUAAACAUACAUCAAAGUUAAUUGUUUGUAAUUUCAGUAAUACUAUCAGUUAUUGCUGUCGUUGUCAAUAAUAAUAGUAACAAUUAUUAUCAUAGUUAUUUAAAUCAUACACAAGUCGUACGCGGCUCGUUGUAAUUGCCAACUUUUAUCCGAUACGGAUAAAAGUAUUAUUUUUGUCCGGAUCUAUUAAUAUUGUUGCCGUGGUGGAGCCCAAUCGUAUUGCUGUCGACUCAUUAAUAAAUAUUUUCUUUUGAAACAUAUGCACAGGAGAUUGUUCAUACAUUCAGCACAAGACAGUAGAAAUGACAGACAGCACGACACAUAAUAAUUACAACAUUUACAGUUGUGCUCCAAAAAAGGAUUUAAAAAACCAACACGUGACCACCACGAUGGACGGUUACGACAACAAAGGAAUGCUAAGAUCUGAAUUGGAUAUAAACGGAAAGCCCGUCAAUGGAGUUACCAGCAUUAAUAUGGAAAACUUAAGCAAAGUAAUAGUGCUUAAUACAUCUUUGACAAACGGCCAACAACCACCGAGUGAAAAACCAAACUUCUAUAAUCCGUACCAGCAUCGAGAUGUAAAACAUCCUACCUCGUAUUUUGACACUUUGAUACAUCUUUUAAAGGCCAGUCUUGGUACUGGCAUAUUAGCCAUGCCCAGCGCAUUCCGAAACGCCGGUUAUGUAGUGGGCACGUUGGGUACCAUAAUCAUUGGUAUUUUAUGUACAUACACGAUACAUUUAUUGGUUACUUCGUCGUAUGAACUUUGUGUCAAGAGGAAAGUACCUAGUUUGACAUAUCCAGGCUGUGCGGCUGCAGCAUUUGAAGAAGGUCCAAAAAUGACCAGAAAGUUUGCUCCGUUUGCUAGAUUUAUAACCAAGUUGUUCCUAGUUUUAUACCAAAUCGGUUCCAGUUGUGUGUACAUAGUAUUUAUAAGUAGUAAUCUUAAAGCGAUAGCUGACAAUUAUUCCAGUGAUUCUAUUGACAUCAGAAUGUAUAUGGUGUACAUGAUCGUUCCGUUAAUAUUAAUUUGUAGUAUACGUAAUCUUAAACUUCUUGCUCCAUUCUCUUCAGUGGCCAAUUGUUUUUCAUUAUUAAGUUUCGCCUUAAUAUUCUAUUACAUAUUCAGAGAUCUUCCAUCGCUUAGUUCACGAGAACCCGUUGGUACUAUUAAGAGCAUACCACUUUUCUUUGGAACUGUAUUAUUUGCAAUGGAAGCCAUUGGCAUGGUAUUACCAUUAGAAAACGAAAUGAAAAAUCCCAAAAAAUUUGGAAGUGUAUUUGGUGUUCUCAACGGCGCCAUGGUUCCCAUUACUCUUCUAUAUACUUUCAUUGGAUUCUUCGGAUACUUAAAAUAUGGUGAAACCCCAAAUGGCAGUAUUACAUUGGAUCUGCCAUCAGCUGAAAUACUUGCUCAAUUAGUAAAGCUUAUGUUAUCCAUCUCAAUUUAUAUCUGUUAUGCUCUAUCUAAUUAUGUGGCUUUUGAUAUUAUUUGGGAAAGUUUAGAAUCCAAAAUGGAGAAAAAUGAAUACAAAAUCUGGUGGGAAUAUGCUCUUAGGAUAUCCAUAGUUUUAGUAACAUUCUUUUUGGCCGUAGCUAUACCAAACUUGGAACAUUUGAUUUCGUUAAUUGGUGCUUUUUGUUUAUCAACUGUGGGCAUAGCACUACCAGCAAUCAUUAACUUCUUAACAUUCCUGAAAGUAUACAGGAAAGAAGGAUACAUACGUUUAAGCCUGUUUAUACUGAGAAAUUUCCUUAUUGUGCUAAUUGCCAUCUUUGCAUUCAUUAUUGGAGUGUCAACCAGUAUUAAAGAUAUUAUUACCCAUAUGGAGUGAUCACUUCAAGGGUGAAGUUUGUUUUGAAUAACAAACAACAAGAUUAAUACUGAGCUACCGUUUGGUCGUGUUGGAUGGUUCUUUUUUAAAUUAGUGACCUAUCAUUGUUAUUAUUUUUAUUAUUAUUAAUAUUACUUGGUCGCAUAUGCGAACCCAUAUAAUUUUUUUAACAACUAAAAACAAAUCAAAUUCAGUAUUUUAUCACUUUUGAUCAAUGAUCAUAUAAUUUCAAUGAAUUUUAUUAUGUAAUUUUACCAGUUCAGUAUUUCCCAUAUAAAUUUAUAUAAUUAAUAAUAAUUAUUUAAUUGGGUAAGUUUUAACAUAUUUUUGAUAGAAUUUUCACUGAUAAAAAAGAAAUAAAUACAUCACAGGAUAUCCCUGUUUGUUUUUAUGCUCUACAGAGAUAACAGAUCUCCGAUAGCCUAUCCAUAUCUAUUUUAUAUACAUGUAUGUAUAUUAUAUAUUAAUCAUUUGAGGUUCAUAGUUGGUUUUACAAAGACAGUUAUUUUUUAUUAAAGAAAUUUUUUGAAUAUAGAUAACUCUGUGGACAAAAAAGACUACAUAUAAAUAUUUUGCACAUUUAUUUUAAAGUUUAGAACUAUUAAUAUUUUAAUUACUACUCAAUAUCAUUAUUAGCGAUCAAAAGUUUAUAUUAAACAAUAUUCAAAAUUUAAACUAAUCGCAUUUUCUUUUAUUGAUUUUUUAACGGCUUAAACUAAUUUUAAUACAACUAGUUUAUAUAUAUAUAUAUAUUAUAAACAUUCCUUCUCAUUUAAUAAAUUUAAAAAUUUAAACUGUUUUUUUGCUCAAUAUGAAAUAUAAUAUGUGUACAUAGUAUACUAUUGACAGACAUGGAUGCUAAGUCAUAGAGGUUUUGUUAUUUACAUAAUAAUUGUAACAAGUUAAAAAAUAAUUGUAUUUUUUACCAUUAGAUAUUAUAAUUUCUUCGAAUUAAUUAUCAAUUGAUACUUUAUUGUGAUACAAUUAAACUAACUUGUGGUAUAUAAAUUUUGUAUAUGUAUAUAAAUAUAAAUAUUUAUAUAUAUAUAUUUAUUUAUUUAUAUAUUGUAUACAAAAAGAAAUAGUUUUUUUUAAUUGCAUGAAAAUAUUACUUUAGUUGAUAAUAAUUUAUUAUUAAUAGACAAAAAUUUAUAUAUAUAUAUUUUAUAAUAUAAAGUUGUAAUAUGAAUAAUACAUGUAAAUAAACUGAUUUUUUUAAACAGAAUAA